AUGGAAGAUGGGGGAGGGGGUGGGAAGAAUGGGGAGAGCGGGAGGAGUAAAAGGGAAUUGCAUGUUACGGCGAUAGACAUCGCAGACUGGACAUCCAUCAUCGACACUCUUCGCACGGGCCUAACAUCCUCCCCUCCCCCAACUUUCAUAUCCCCAUCAAACUACUCUGUCACCUUCCACCACCAUGACAUCCUCUCAACCCCUUCACCUCCACCCGCUCUUCUCCCACCAAAUACAUCACUAAUAACCCUCCUUUUCACAACAAACGAGCUCUACACCCAAUCUCGCGGAGACACGACCCGCUUCCUACUAUCCCUAUCCGCUCUGACACGCGUUGGCUGUCUGCUACUAGUCCUGGAAAGUGCAGGCUCAUACUCCACAAUCGAAAUAAACGGAAAGGUAUUCCCAAUGGCAAUGCUCCUGGACCACACAUUGAGCGAAAACUGGGAGAUUGUUCUCAAAGACGAGAGUCGGUGGCAUAGGUUACCGGAGGGAUUGAAGUACCCAAUCGACCUGGAGAACAUGCGGUAUUUCUUGAGAGUUUAUCGGAGGGUGUAG